AUGCGGUUGUCCGGCAUCCAAUCCACUCGCCUUUCUCACCAUGUGCCUAGACGAUUGCCUAUUCCAUCUCAAGAUGCAGAUGUCAUCCCUAAUAGUCUCCGAAAAACCCUAGAGGCGCACCGUUCCUCUAAUCGGGCCCGCCUGAUCCGCAAAGUAUAUCCGCGUACACAGGCCGCCGGUCUUUUUCGUCCUUGGAUCCCUCCAGAAAAUCGCGCAGGCUAUCGUCCACCAGAACCUUCAAGCCACACUGCAGAACACUCGGAACCUUCGAAGAAGCCUAUCGGGAAAAGACGUAGACGGCAGAGCUCCGCAAAAUCCCUAUCACCAGGUGACUCGAUAAUCGCCAUCCGAGGUGCAGAUCACCAUAUACCGGAACAGUCUCCGUGGGCUGAUCUCCUGCAUUCAAGUCAGGGCACCGGGGAUGCCUCUACACAUUUAGAUGCAGAGAUCCGAGCUCUGCAUCACUAUCUUGUUCCGAGUUCGCGUGAACAGAGUCGCAUAACUCAGCUUACAGAAGAGAUCAACUCUCUACUGGCCUAUGUCGCUCCGCAUACACCACGAACCAUCGGGUCCCAUUACACAGGUCUAGCGCUGGCGCAUUCAGAUCUGAAUUUCCUCUUUCCCUUCGAAGACAUCCUGCGGCCCCGAGACUCUCCACGCGGUCCAAGUGCCACUCGUCCACAGAUCCGAGAUGCUCAUACAAACCUCCUCCGAGAUGUCGAAUCUACCUUGAAGAAUACUAUCGCCUUUUCCGAUCAGCUCAAAUGGAUCGGAAAGGGUAAAACUGCUCUCGAAGCUUGUCAUAAACCUACCGGUCUGAUACUCCGUUUUCACUGCGGAGAGUCGGUCCCUGCUCUCGCAGAAUUCAUCAAAGACUCCUCACUCGAGUACCCUGCCCUGAAACCACUGUAUACUAGCGCACGCACAUUGCUAGAAUCUCGUGGUCUCUUCGGUCCCACUCAAGGAAAUAUCAGUUCCGAGGCUCUAGCAAUCUUGGUUAUCGCGUUCCUGAAAUCGAGUCAUGGUCGCUUUCCAGGCUCCUAUCGUCUUGGUGAUCAGUUCAUGGACCUUUUACGAUUUUACGCUACGGAUAUUAAUCUGACGUCUGCUGGUGUCGCUGUUCAUCCGCUAAGCUUCUUUGGUCCUGAUGUUAUGCGCGCUUCGAUGGAUGGUGAUGAUACCGAGUCCGCUGCUCGUCGUGGUCAGAAAUCCCUUCUAGGUGCGAAGCGCAAUGCUGCUUUGAAGGGAAAUUUACCUGCGGAUCGGAGAUUGUGUAUUCAGGAUCCGACGCAUUUUAUGAAUGAUCUUGGUCGCGGAUGUACUCGUACACCUGAGCUACAAAGUGCCUUGAAAAUAGCACAUGAGCAGCUCAGACAGGCGUGCGAUGUGUGGGAGGGAGGAGAAAAUCGGACCUCGAUUUUGAAAACUGCUCUUCGAGCGAACUUUGAUGGAUUGGAGAAAGUUCGAGAGCGGGUCUUGGCCUCAGCUUGGAUUUGA